UCAUCUAGACACAUCACAGCAGCCCCUUGAGCGAAAUACGCUAAAGAGGCGCGGGAUGACUUCUUUUGUGUCUGCCAACCACACUCAACCCGGAAAAGGUUUGCAGACGAUGUUUCGAUUGACUUGGAGUCUGAAAUAUUUGUCACUGCCUCAUUAAUAAAUGACGUUUUGCUUCCACCUUGCCACUGACACUGCAAACAACGACGCAACUUGCCACGAAUAGCCGCUCACGCCUCUCGAUCUCUUGUCCCUAAACGGCCACCACUAUCGUCUCGACUCAACCGCUUGAAUCGUGCCGACGCUCCAAAACUAUCCCGCGAUCUCUUCAAAAAUAUGACGAAUGACGCUCAAACCACCGAGCAUAACCCCAAUACUCCUCGACCGGGUGUCACUCCGCUCUUCACCGAUUCGCCUCAUGCUCGUUCCAAAACGAUUACCACUGCGAUAGGCCCUUACACUCACGGUAUCUUAAAUCAACACCCCUCUCACCCGGGGUCGUAUUCGAUCGGAGUUUCAUGCGAUACAGGUUCACGUCGGACAAUGGAAGAUGCACAUUCUUUCGUUGCAGACUUUGCAGGCGUCCGAGGACAGGGUUAUUGGGCUGUCUUCGACGGACAUGCGGGGAAACACGCUGCAGAAUGGUGUGGCGCUCAUUUCCACGAGUACCUCCUCGAUGCACUGGCAGAAAUGGGGAACGAUGCUGCUAUUACUAGGGAUCAACCGACUGGCGCACCGAUUCCAGACGUGCUAAACAAGGCCUUUCAUGCUGUUGACGCGGAGUUGAGUCGAAUCGCAGAAGAGGGCCAGACACACAGCGGGUGUACAGCUGUUACGGCAUUCCUGCGUCUUGAAGAUCAUAAAGGGUGGCAGCCACCCGAGUUUGUGCGCAAAGCACGGUCGUUGCAGCGAAGGCAAACUCCGGCGAUGUCGGCAUCAGUCGAUUCGGUGACGAGUACAAGUGCUGUCUCGGAAGGUCGGAGCAACAACAGCGGUAGUAGAGUCCGAGAUGCGAUGAGGGAUAUUACGGGUAGGGCACCUACGACAGAACCGGCCUCUUCAAGUUCGCUAUCAACUACAUUAGAUGGAUCGCCAACCGAACCGACUUCACAACGACGACUCUCAUCCAUGUCAGUAUCUUCAUCUUGGUCACAAAAGCGAUUGUCGAAAUUGUCAAUAUCGGGGGAAACUGUUGGUGACGAACCUUUGCCUACUUUCGUCGAGGGAAAGAAGAGAGUAUUGUAUACAGCUAAUGCAGGAGAUGCGCGUGCGGUGCUCUCGCGGUCUGGAACCGCUGUUAGGCUGACGUACGACCAUAAGGGUAGUGAUGCGCAGGAGGCGAAGAGGAUUAAGGAGGCUGGAGGGUUCGUCAUGAACAAUCGGGUCAACGGCGUGCUUGCAGUGACGAGAAGUUUGGGAGAUUCAGCUAUGAAGGAGUUUAUCGUUGGCUCGCCAUACACAACCGAGACGACCUUGGGAGAUGAUGACGAUCUCCUCAUCAUUGCUUGUGACGGUUUAUGGGACGUCAUAGAAGAUCAAGCAGCAGUUGACCUCAUUCGACCAAUCCAGGACCCUCAACUCGCUUCCAAGAGACUUGUGGAAUAUGCAUUAUCACAUUUCUCAAGUGAUAAUAUCUCAGUGAUCGUUGUGAGGUUCCAUCCUAGUGCGGAAGAGGGUGUGAAUGCCGCCUAUACCGCCGUGGGAUCGUGAUGAAGUAUUUCCAUGCGUGCACGCGACAUGGCAUUGGUGGUUGUAAGCGACGACUGUCAGUGUCAGGGUUGGGAUUGUGAUUGGAAAGACGCUUGUCUGUUAUCCUGUGUUUCGCCGCAUCGAGGAGUGCGACACCUCGAUUUUGUGCCUAUCUUACCAACCUCUAGUACUUGAAAGAAACUUGUACAAUAGUUUGAUUCUCCUUAAUACAAUCUUACUCCCACUACAUUCGG